AUGACAGAGAAUACAGUGACCUAUGAUGAUGUGCAUGUCAACUUCACUUGGGAAGAAUGGACUUUGCUGGAUCCUUCCCAGAAGAAUCUCUACAAAGAUGUGAUGGUGGAGACCUACAGAAACCUCACUACUAUAGGCAUGAAAGAACCCAUACUGGAGAAAAACUCUAUAAAUGUAAUCAAUGUUUUAAAACCUUUGCACAUCACAGUACUCUUCAAACACAUGAAAGAAGCCAUACUGGAGAGAAACCCUAUGAAUGUAACCAGUGUGGUAAAGCCUUUGCAUGUCACAGUCAUCUACAAAGGCAUGAAAGAACACAUACUGGAGAGAAACCCUAUGAAUGUAAUCAAUGUGGUAAAGCCUUUGCAUGUCACAAUUAUCUCCAAAAGCAUGAAAGAACUCAUACUGGAGAGAAACCAUAUGAAUGUAACCAGUGUGGUAAAGCCUUUGCACGUCACAGUCAUCUACAAAGUCAUGAAAGAACCCAUACUGGAGAGAAACCCUAUGAAUGUAAUCAUUGUGGUAAAGCCUUUGCAUGUCACAGUAACCUCCGAAAGCAUGAAAGAACCCAUACUGGAGAGAAACCCUAUGAAUGUAACCGGUGUGGUAAAGCCUUUGCAUGUCACAAUUAUCUCCAAAAGCAUGAAAGAACCCAUCCUGGAGAGAAACCCUAUGAAUGUAAUCAGUGUGGUAAAGCCUUUGCAUGUCACAAUUAUCUCCGAAAGCAUAAAAGAACCCAUACUGGAGAAAAACCCUAUGAAUGUAAUCAGUGUGGUAAAGCCUUUGCAUGUCACAGUGAUCUUCAAAGGCAUGAAAGAACCCAUACUGGGGAGAAACCCUAUGAAUGUAACCAGUGUGGUAAAGCCUUUGCACGUCACAGUAAUCUACAGAGUCAUGAAAGAAGCCAUACUGGAGAGAGGCCCUAUGAAUGUAAUCAAUGUGGUAAAGCCUUUGCACGUCACAGUCAUCUACAAAGUCAUGAAAGAACCCAUACUGGAGAGAAACCCUAUGAAUGUAACCAGUGUGGUAAAGCCUUUGCAUGUCACAGUAACUUCCGAAAGCAUAAAAGAACCCAUACUGGAGAAAAACUCUAUAAAUGUAAUCAAUGUUUUAAAACCUUUGCACAUCACAGUACUCUUCAAACACAUGAAAGAAGCCAUACUGGAGAGAAACCCUAUGAAUGCAACCAGUGUGGUAAAGCCUUUGCACGUCACAGUCAUCUACAAAGUCAUGAAGGAAGCCAUACUGGAGAGAGGCCCUAUGAAUGUAAUCAGUGUGGUAAAGCCAUUGCACAUCACAGUGAUCUUCAACAGCAUGAAAGAACCCAUACUGGAG